AUGAGGCUUAAAGCGCGCCAAAUCGAAAGCUGGUUUGUCGCUUUGGGUCUUUUGGAACAGCGGCAAACAACGGCCGAUUAUGACCUUGACAGAUUUCUGCUGAGUAUUUUGAGAGAUGGUUCGAUUUUGUGUCGUUUAGUCAAUCGAUUAAAACCAGGCGCAAUAACGAAGGUGAGAGGACGAUCUGGUGUUUACAAACAGCGAAAUACUGUUCAGGUAUUUUGUCAUGUAAAUGAGUUCUGUCCUGAUGUGUCCGCUGGUCGCUGAUUCUAGAUACAACAGGAACCUGUGUCAGAGGAGGAACGUUUUCAAAACAUCAGGGCAUUCUUGAGCGCCUGCCAAGACUUGCAACUUAAAGACGACGAGGUUUGAUACCAAAUAUGAAUAAUUCUCGUAUAUUAUUAUGUUUAAAAUUAACACUGGCGUUUCUGUAUUAAAAUUUAAUGUUUUAUCUGAGCACGCUCAACAAGUAAUGUUCCAUGUACGCCAUGUUUGUAUGCGCAGAUAUUUUCACCAAGUGACCUCGACAGUGAAGAAGGAAUUAACCGUGUUCUGCAGACUCUCGACAGCUUAGAAAAUGUCGCUGCUGGUAAGUUUCUGUUUAUAUUUUGUUGUAAAAUGAGCUGAGGGUUUUUGUUCAAGCUCAAUGAUGACAUUGAUUGACUGUCAUGUGCCUAGCAAUUCUCUUGCCACUUUCGAUCGUUUGAACAAAAGACUCGUCGUGUGACAGGAAAAUUGCAAAUACUCCAUUGAAUUAAAACUUUGCUGCUGAGGCUACAAAUAGCGUUUAUUCUGCCCAGAUCUGUCGUUGAAUUUCGCUUUCUUACGUUUAAAACUUUGGAUUCAAUUUUCUGUAUAAUUCACGGCUGUUCUGAAGAGGAAUAUUGAAAGGUGAGCAAAACUUGCUUCGCUUAAGCUUAUUAUUAUAUUACUUGUUUUAUUAAUUCUCUGCUCUGCAUCUCAAGCCUGUUCACGUUAAACGACGAGAAACCAGGCUCUUUGACGGAUCACAAUAAGAUUCGUUUUAUGGCGUGACUACUCUUCCAUUUGUACUUAGAACGUGUAAAAGCUUUGACAAAGUAUUUCGUUUAUUCAAAGGCAUCGUGGUAAACAAUAGCUCAACACAAACUCAUGUAAGAGAAUUUCUCGUGAUUUUUCUUUCAUUUGCGUUCAUCGAUCUCUGGUUGUACUUGUUUCAAAGUUUCAAUUUUCUCGUGAUGAGUAAGCUUAUAUCGAAAAAUAUCACGUUUCUCGAGGUUAGUUGUUUUUCCUUCCAUUAUUGUAAUUUCUGUUUACAUGAUACUUCAGUUAGUGGAGGAAGUGAGCUGAAAUGAAUGGAAGACAAGUUGGAAAGGAGAAAACACGUCCGUAUUUGGUCAAAGUGUUAGUUUUAAAAGACUAAACCUUUAUGGUAAUAUAUUUUUGAUGAUGGAACCCGAACAAGCUUAAUAUAACCAAACUUCAGCUUUAAAACUGAACGUUUUCAGUUUCUUCCAGUCAUGACGCGGACUUGCCCUAAUGCAGGUAUUCAGCGUGUUUACUUCUCAAAUCAAACUUGUUGGGUUUAGUAUUUCUCCACGAGGAAAACUUCAAUGCUGCAAAAACUUAAGUCAGGACUUCGUAAGUUAUUGAAUUUGUAAGAUCUAUGAUAUUUGCUUUUAGUAUUUAGUGUGUCUUUAGUGUAUGGAUGAGUCAGGAAGUAGACACAUUUUCUUGUUGAUGUGAAUUUCUUGAUUUUAUUUGUUUGAUCAAAUCAAAUUUUCUUCAUAAUUUUUGUGUGGGAACAGGAAUUAUGCAGUAUGUAUUAAAGAUUGUGUUCAAUUUCAUCUCAUUUGUCACUUUUAAUAUGUUAAAUAAACAUAAGAAAAGCCUCUAAUUGUGCAAAAAAUUAUUUCAGGGAACAAAUAUUUUUGAAGAAAAUUUGUGGUUGCCUUUUCAGAAGUAUUAUUUUGUGUUUUAUAUAUAUCAGAAUGUAUGAUACAAUAAACAUGUUUAAGAUAAAGGCCAAUUAAACGUGAAAUUUAUUUCACUCUUAAAGCAAGGUUCACACAGUGUUAAAAAGUCCUUGAAUUUUGCUGGAGUCCUGAAAUGGUCCUUCAAUUCAAUUUUGCCUUUAAAAGUCCUUGAAUUUUAUUCAACUUUGAAUGCAAUGGGGUGGAAAGCAAAUUGGUUUUCUUAGACUUCGGUAUUCUUUUCUGUUUAAAGCAGCUUAUAGAGAAAAACAGUAUUGAGAAACAAAGUAAUCCAAUUCAAAAGUCAGUCAAAAGCAAAGUUGGCAGCGGCUGUGUUUUUAGCUCAACGCUCCUGCGCAUGCCAUUUUAUUAUAAGGUCUAUGUUUCAUCAGUAAAGCAAAGGGAAAUUGCAAAGACUUGCUUCAAUUUACUCCACCCAGAUCUGGGUAGUUCUUCUGAGUGGUUGGUCCAUGAGGGAAAUUUCCUUUAAUCAAUCAGGAGCACUACCCCGAUCUGGGUAGUGACAAGUCAUCAGUAUGGAAUUUCUUGGCUCGUUCCUUGAAGGUCAUUUUGUGGGGAAUGCAAUGGUCGCAACGCAAAAUGUCAGCUGUUUUCUCAGACUAGCUUUUUUGAAAUUAUAGAAACAUUAAUGAUACAUGGAAGUUGCUACCAGUUGAAGCUUGACAGAAAUUGCAUAAGGAAUUAGCAUACUUUGCCUGUUAUGUUGGCCACUAAGUGGUUGGCUGCUUGAUCAAGGUCUUUUUAUUAGAGGUUUGACAGUACUUGGCUAUUAUUUAUUUUUUUAGGAUAUGGUUUGGGAAGGCAAUUUACUCACCACCAUGAAGUAACUGCUGCAAAUUCUACAACAAAAACACAAGACUCGGAGAGAGAACCCACUGAGGGCACUAGACAUCUUGUGAGUAUAACUUUAGAUCAGGAUGUUGUAGGGAAGUGGAAUCCAUUUAAGGUUUCUGGGAAACUGCCCACCUACCCCUCCCCCAACNCUGCAAAUUCUACAACAAAAACACAAGACUCGGAGAGAGAACCCACUGAGGGCACUAGACAUCUUGUGAGUAUAACUUUAGAUCAGGAUGUUGUAGGGAAGUGGAAUCCAUUUAAGGUUUCUGGGAAACUGUCCACCUACCCCUCCCCCAACUCAUUAACACCUACUUCUCACUUAGAGUGAAAUGUUGGGAUAGGAGAGGUGUAGGUGGGCAGUUUCGUAGAAACCAAAAUUGAUCUGGGAAGUGCACUGCAUGGUUCCCAUGAUUAUUUUUUUGCAGUAGUAAGUAAACUUCCAGAGAUAACUCCCCUCAGUGUAACCCUCCUGCUCAAACCAACGUUUAUGGUGCAAAAAGUUUCCUAUACUAAGUCUCUUUGUUGAAGUCUGCAAAUUUGCGUCCAUUCGCUGUUAUCUUGAAACACGUUAUUCAUAGUCAUAAGCAUAUUUGUGAGGAUUAGGAUACUAAAAUGGGCUAAGGCACUUGUUUGGGUUGAGUAUGACCCAAUCUUGAACCUAAGGUAGUACAAUUGAAUAGACUCUGGAGAGCUUAUUUAUUAUGGUAUCUCGGACUUGGGGUUAUUAGAGUCUGAGAGGUAAAUAGAUGAAAUAAAAAAGAAGAACUACAGUCCCCAAAGAAAAUAGUAUCACAAGUUAAUAUGCUUACUUUAUUGAUAUUAAUGUUGUUGUAGGAGAUGACAGAUUAUGGAGGCAGAAUUCACCUUGUCAAAGCAGCUUUUCCUUUCAAUGGGCAAGAUGAAGAUGAGGUACAGUUCACUGCUGGUGACUAUAAACAUGCAAUCAUACUAUUUUGCACACACUAAUAAAUAAUUAAUAUUUUUGGAAGAGAGUCAGCAAAAUAUUAUGUUUUUUGUUAUUGGCAAACAGAUCAAAGUUAUCAUUUGCUGAUGCUGAAGGAAGAGGCAAAAUUAUUGAUAUACAAGACACUGACAAAACACACAUCAUUGUGAAGCAAGUUGAAUUCAUAGUAAUAAUUUUGUUUUAUAAUGCGAUGAGAAUACUCUGGGCUGUCACUGAAAUUUUAACUUGCUGAGUGUGUUCAAGGAUUCAGGGCUGUCAAUAAGGGCUAGGAGUCGGCCAAAAUCGCCAGCUAGUUAGCCAUCCUUAGCUGGCUACUUUCAUCUCUGUCUACCAUAACUGAAAGAAAUAGGCACCAUCAAAUAAAAUGUAAAGCAUUCAUUUCCCAGUUUUGAAUGAUAUUGAACACUUAUUUAAACAGGCUUAGAUCUGUGAAACAUUCAAACAGUGUUAUGUCAUGGAAUGCCCAGGGACAUUUCAACAUCAUUGUUCCCAGUCUUGCGUGUAUUCUGGCGAAACAACAUAUCGUUCGCUGUGGAAAAUACCUCUUGAAAACCCCUGGAAAUGCCAUUCCCAAGACUCUAAUUUUCAAAAUAUCCCUAGCUGCCUCGGCCUUCAAGAACUUGUGCCUUUAGUGCAAUUUCCAGGGCUUCCUACUUUUCAUUAUCAGCCCUCUACUUAAAAACUUUUUGACAGCCCUGGGGAUUAGUAGGCAAGAAAUGGAACAGCUAUGAAUUUGUGUUGGUUCUAUUUUCCUUUUUUUUUUUUCUGAUGAAAAACUCAUAGUAGCUGGGGAUCUGUAGCUGGGGGAAAUCCCGAGCCCCUAGUCCUCAGUGACAGACCUGUCUGAAUACUUGUGCUAUUUUGUAAGUUAAAAUGAAAUGCAAAGCAGCUAUUUUGUAUUCCAAAGACAGAAUCAAGCUGUGCAUGAGCAGACCAUUUUUCUGAUGUCAAAAAAUCUCUCUUCUGUUGAGCUUGAGCAGACUGCUGUCUGUAGGUAGUUAGAGACUAUACAUUGCAUCUGCAGCAAAGUCAUGACUCUUAUACCUAUCAAGACUUUGGAUAAAAUAAUUUGAUUGAUAAAUACAUUAUUUCAACUCUCCAUUAAUGGAAUCAUUAGACCUCUGGUCUUUGUUUCUGAGGUUUUUAUAAUAUUUGUAACAAGUGGCUGCCACUGGAUGAGUAGAAGGCUGUGAGGGUAAUAAGUGGUUGUAAGGCUGUAUUCCUCC